AUGAAUAUAGGAUUAUCACAUGAUUCAAAUGUAAUUCUAUUGUGUGGGUUACCUGCAUCGGGUAAAUCUAAUCUAUGCAAGACAUUGAUUGAAUACUUGACUAAACUCUCUUCAACACCACAGUCAACGUAUUGUAGACUUGAUAUUUGGUAUUUAGAGUUUGAUUCGAUUUACAAUGAGGUAAAGACAACCCAAGAUAUUGCUAGUGUCGAUCAAGAUACUAGUGGUUCUACAACUACUUAUUGGAAGAUGACAAGACAAGAAAUAAUCAAUCAAGUGCAAUCCAUCCUAAAGAAUGAGCAUUUGGGUGAGGAACCAACAAUGCGUACAACUAUAUUACCACUCUUUAAACCGACCAAUACUAUUCAAUUGGGUGUACCAUCACCAGAUGGAGUACGCAGCAAAAGAUUGAUCUUACUUGAUGAUAACUUUCAUCUCAAGAGUAUGCGAUAUCCAUAUUAUCGUAUUUGCAGAGAUUUUAAUAGUGGAUUUGGAGUGAUAUACAUAAAUAGAGAUGUGGAUGAUUGCAAAGUCUACAAUAUUGAAAGAGAGAAAAGAGAUGAUUUGAAAUUACUACCUCUUAUCAAAGUGACAGGUGAAACUAUAGACAAGAUGAAUAGAGAGUUUGAACCACCAAACAAUCCAAAUAUUAAAUGGGAAUUUAAUAAUACUCUCACAAACAACAAUAAUAAUAAUAAUAAUAAUAAUUUGGAUAGGAUUGAAUCAUUUUGGAAUGAAAUCGUAGACCUUUUGAACAAACAACUUUUUGUUGCUCCAUCAGAUACAAUAGUUGAUACCCAACAAAGACAACAAGAUCGUCAAGUUUGUGAAAAUAAUCUAAUUCAUCAAUUAGAUAUAGCAACAAGAUCAGUUGUAGGAACAUUAUUAUCUGAUUUAUUUAAAAAAACUACAAAUAUCAAAAAUAAUAACAAUAGUAUUAUAACCAAAGAAGUUAGUAACUAUAAAAAAUCAUUUUUACAAUUUGUAGUCAAUGAUCUACGUAAAUUUCAACAACAACAAGAAGAAGAGGAAGAAGAUAAUAGUUCAACAACAAUUAAAUCAAAUCCAUUAUUUAUUUAUUAUUUAUCACUAUUCAAAUUAAAUUUAAAUAAUAAAUUUGGAUGUUAA